CGAAGCGCCAAUAUAUCCACUGCAGCAGUGUCAGCUGUUAUUCGUCUACGAUGGCGACAAAUUGUAACAUCAUAAGAAAAAUGUUUAAUAGAAGCUGCAGGAAUUUUGUGAGAUGUUACAGCAGGUCGGCAAAAUCGACGUUUAACAGUAACAAUUCACCGUUACCAAUUUUAUACGUUGUUGGAGGAACUGUGGCCAUUUAUUCAGCUUACAAAUGCCAGGCUAAAAAUAGUGUUCGAGCAGCCCAAACGAAAAAUGAAGACGAAAAAAAAGCUGUUAAACUCACCUCAAGGGAGAAAAGGUUCAUACGCUUUGCCUCCGUUGAAUAUGAUGGACAGCUGUACAUGACACCUCAAGAUUUUCUUGAGUCAGUUGUCGAAGCCGAACCGAGACCUCGACUUAAAAGAAGAGUAUUAACUCAAAAAGAGUUGGACAAAAUUAGGGACUCAACUCCCACUUUAAGUCAUGGUUCCCCACGGAUGUUUAGAGCACUUAGAGACAAAGGAAUAAUUUCAUACACUGAGUAUUUAUUCUUGCUAUCAAUUUUGACCAAGCCUCAAUCAGGUUUUCGCAUAGCAUUUAACAUGUUCGAUACGGACGGUAACGAACGGGUCGACAAAAAUGAAUUUCUAGUCAUACGUAAACUAUUGGCGGGAAAAAAAACUGAACGUGAUAUACCAAUGGAAAAAAUAUUUAGUCACGCUUGGAAAGGAAAGAGAGGUCUUUCCAACGAAGAAACGGAAAAAAUCAUCUCUAACAUUCAAGAAGCCUUUGUGGAUGAUGAGCAAGGUCUUCAAAGAAGACACACAGUGGAUACGACUUUGUUGGUCCAUUUUUUCGGUGCUAAAGGCACUACCGACCUAAACUUCGAGAAUUUUAGGAAGUUUAUGCUUUACUUGCAAACAGAAGUAUUAGAGUUGGAGUUCAGUGAGUUUUCCAAGGGGUUGCCGACUAUAUCCGAAGUAGAUUUCGCGAAGAUAUUGUUGAGAUAUACGUAUCUAGAUACGGAUGAGUAUGAUAUGUACCUGGAUAGACUGCUGGACAGAAUCAAGGACCCUCAAGGCAUUACUUUUGAGGAGUUUCACGUGUUCUGCCAGUUUCUGAACAACUUAGAGGAUUUCAGUAUUGCCAUGAGAAUGUACACGUUAGCAGACCACCCCAUUUGCAAGGACGAGUUUCACAGAGCAGUUAAAAUUUGUACUGGUACAAACCUAAGCCCUCACUUGGUCCACACUGUAUUCGCCAUUUUUGAUGAUGAUGGUGACGGGUUACUAAGUUAUAGGGAGUUUAUCGCCAUUAUGAAAGAUCGUUUACAUAGAGGCUUUAAGUCUUACGCGAAAAAUGAGGGUUGGGAAGCAUUUAAAACCUGCAUAAAGCAAGAAAUGAAAUCGCCAUCUUAAGCAAUAUAUUUAUUAACUACCUCACAUGUUUGUGAUAUUUUAUGACAAAUUAACUAAUCGUUUUUUUAAAUAAUUUUAAAACUUUGUAAGCAAUAUUGCGUUUUUAAUGUACUUACCUGUUGUUUCUGUAUGUUGCCAUAUUUUAUUGCUAUAGUUACCUAUGGACUGUUAAUGUUUCUAGUCAUAUACAGUUAUUAUUUUUUGUUGUAAUAAUUUUAAUAAAUUAUAUUUUAAAUGGG